AUGGAGGAAGGCGAUGCAUAUGGAGGAAUGGGGAUUCAGUUAGAUGGGAAAAUUUCGCAAACAUUUCAAAAGAGUUUUGUUCAAGUUCAAAACAUAUUCGAUCAAAACAGAUUGUUGAUUAAUGAGAUCAAUCAAAAUCUCGAUUCGAAGAUUCCUGAUAAUCUGGGUAGAAAUGUGGGUUUGAUUAGAGAACUCAACAACAAUAUACGAAAAGUGGUUGAUCUUUACUCUGAUCUUUCAUCUAAUUUUACAAAAUCCAUGGAUGUUAAUAAUUCAUCUGAAGGGGAUUCAAGAUUAGAUUCCAAAAAGAGGAGUAGGCUUUCUUAA